UAAUAAUAUAAUUAUUGAACUCUAGGAGAGAGAGAGAGAGAGCGCUACAAAACAUUUACUUGAGCUGCAGCAAGUGGUGAGUAGUGGCUUCGCACCCAAUCGAUGGAAGCUGAUGCACCGACAUGGGGAGACAAACUCAUAUUGAGGGGAUUGACAUUCCAUGGUUUUCAUGGAGCAAAGCCCGAAGAAAGGAAGCUGGGCCAGAAGUUUUUGGUUGACGUUGACGCUUGGAUGGAUCUCAGAUCAGCUGGCAAUUCUGAUCAAUUGUCAGAUACAGUUAGUUACACUGAAAUAUAUCGCAUAGCUAAGGAAGUUCUUGAAGAGUCACCUCACAACCUUCUGGAGUCAGUGGCUCAAAAAAUUGCUAUCACUACUCUGACUAAUCAUCAACAGAUAUCUGCUGUUCGUGUGAAGGUUGGAAAGCCUCAUGUGGCAGUUAGGGGUCCAGUUGAUUACUUAGGCGUUGAGAUUCUUAGACUCAGAAGCGAUUUGCCAAGCUAGAACUUUCAUAUUUACUGCUGCAGGUUUUUUUACAUCUUCAAGUUCCAUUGGAUCCACAAGUAACACAAUCAUCUCUCUCUCUCUCUCUUAUCAAUCUUGCUAAUAAAUUUGAAAGAUGAAAGUUAGGCAUACAGUGUAAUGCAGUGACACAGAGUUUUAUUUGGUGAGUUCACAAAGAGUAUGCUAGUGAAGUUUAUAGAUAUGUAACUAUCAGUCUAUGGUUUCUUAAUACAUUGUUCAUUUUGUAAUU